AGGUUUUAUGUAAAAAUGAAUUCACUAAAAUGUGUUGUGGAUAUGGCAUUUCAGAUUCUUUGGAUAAAGGAUUUUGUCAUGAAGAGUGUGCGCCGAAAAGCGUUAUUCCUAUGGAGCUACAUCUACGGUUUAAUUAAUCGCCAUCCUGAUGUUAUUGUUCAAUUUUUCCCGCUGAAGGGAUACUAUCUUCUAUGUCUCGUUAUAUACCUCCAAAUAACCAAAGAAUUACCCGAUGAGGGAUGGAAUGAUUCAUCAGAAUCACUUUACACCCCGCCUCCAACUAAACCAAAUGAAGCUUUCAACAGCGAUUCUAUGGAUCCAGAAAUAACGUUUGUGACAGCAUACUUCGGUCUUGGCAGGUUCAAGAAAGGCGAAGGAAACUUGUAUUUUGAUGUCGAAAACUACUCCAAGUGGAUGAAUCAGUUUGCCAAUUUCAACAACAAUGUUAUAGCUUUUACAGACGUACCAGAGGUAGCUAAUCAGUUGUUUAUUCUACGUAAGCAUCUUCCCAAAGAACGAACCAAGAUAUAUAUGAAAAACCAGGAUGAUAUGUGGGCGUUUAAACUUGCCCCGAAAAUAAAGAAAAUUUUUGCGCAGCCAGACUACCCAAAGUACCACCCAAAUACAGUGUUAGAGCGUUAUCCUUGUGCAAUGCACGCCAAAUACGAGCUAAUAGAAACGGUGAUACGAGAACGAAUGUUUCAGACUAAGUAUCUAGCAUGGAUUGACAUUGGUUAUUUUAGGAAUGAUUACGGGAAAACAUUUCACCUAGACAUACCUUCCGAUUUUCGGAACGAUCACAUUGCCUUUGUACAGAUGGGGAAGUUUGAACGAUGCCGCACUGCAUCAUCGAUUAUAAAAGAUAAUAUAUUUUGGAUCGCUGGAGGAAUAUUUAUAGCGAGACCGGAAUACCUAAUUGUGUUCAUUGAGGACUAUAAGCGAGCAGUAGAAAACCUUAUCAGCCGGAACUUGAUGAGUACUGACCAACAGGUGAUAUACAUAAUGUAUACAAAGGCAGAGGACAUGCGCCCUCGUCUUCCCGUUCAAACAUACAGCGCUUUUUGUAAAUGUGACUGGUUCUAUCUCGGCAAGCGCUGUAUAGAGGAGUGGCGCAAGUCACUAAAACCCCAAAGUAAGGUCAUUGAGGCAUUCCAUCGAAAUAUGUUGUAAUUCUUGUUAAGUAUUUUAACAUAUGAUGUUUGGUCUCCUCUGCUCUGACCAGGUAUUAAAUUGCUCCCAUGCCUUGUAAUGGAGCAAACCCGGUGACAUCCGAGUAAUACUGUAUUAGGCCAUAAAGGCCAUAUAUAGAAAGGAUAAUACAGAUAACAUCACGCGUGAUAUGCCAUUGCGGUCGUUUCUAUUGUUUUCUCCAAGACGGACUUUGCUAAGUUCGUGAAAGAGUCUUUUCAUUGGUAAGGAUUCGUUUUUUCAACAAUUAUGCAACAUUUUGAUAACAUUAUACUCAGCACUUUUAAUUUUGCUCCAUUAGCAUGAGUUAGCAUAGGACGGCUUCGUAGCUCUGGCGACGCAAUAUAUAAAAAAAAAUAUCUCGUCGUCAAAAGGCUACGUUAUCGCAGCUAGCUUUAACCCUGUCUUCACGGUCCUUUGAUCUAGUUUUCUAUCAAUCGCCUGUUAAUCUGUUUCCAGUCUAUCGACAAUUUUGAAGACUGCAGAAAAACUCCCUCGGCCAUUUCCGUAACUUUUUCACGGAAAUUAUCCAUACAAUCACGCAAUAGGUGGGCGAAGCUUCCACUGGCCUGACGUACCAGUUUAUAGAGCUAAAGACAGCAAACCAGACGACAAUAAAAGAGUAUCUUUGGCUCUAGAUAGGUUUUGGUUUGAAUAUUGAUUUUUUAAACAACAUUCAUGCAUUUUAUAUAGACAUAAAUAUAACAAUUAAAGUACGGGAUUCGUGAUAUAGCAAGUUUCAGGUUCCCUUUGAUCAGACUUUUCUCAUAGGCUGCAUCUCAGGAAAAAACAUGGGCCUAGAGAAAACAAACCAUGAAAUUGUCAUUGCCCUCCAGCAAACUUUAACUGUAUAUCACAGUAUAUAUAACCCAU